AGUCUGGUUAGUCUAGUCCGUCCGCCAGUCCACGCCACUCCGCGGCCGAAAGCGUGUUGAAUUUGAAUGUUGAUCCGGAUUAGUGCUAGUGGUACGUCAUCCUCCGUUAGUUUCUGCGUUAUCAAAUUUCCAUAAACUUCUCUUCCGAAACCCACCACUAGAAACAAAUCCAGUACUCCAUCAUGGCUCAGAAACCUUAAGAACUCUUUUAAUUACUCCAAUACCUCAGUAAUCUCUCUACACUUUAUCUAUCGAUGAUUGCGAGAUACGAGACUAGUCCUACUAUUCCAACCCACGUAGUGCGUGUGAUCUCACAAUCAGUACCGGCUCUAAGGAAUAUAAUUAUCUACAAUCUUACUCGAAAAACUAGAUCCGAAAUCAAGUGCUCCGAAAAACAGGACUUCCAGAAUUCACAGAAAAUCUAGUUGAAGUGUGUGUAGACUGUUUCUAAGAGUGUAGGAUUGAGGGUAGUGUCAAAAGUACGAGUAAUUCUAGACUACCAGAUUCUGCGAAAAUUGAGGGUGUUUCAUCGAGGGAAGGAAGAAGAGCGUGCAUCGCUUUCGCCUCGGCGUCUUGAAACCCGUCGCUCACCAACAAGGAACAAGCAGGCAAGGCGGACACGCACACUCACGCACUCUCCAAGCCCUCAUUCCGUCUCCUUCUGACCGUCUGCUCCAUUCGGUUUUCUUGUUUCCUUACCCCGCCCCUAUUCGCCCUUCUCAUCUCUUUUUUUCUCCAUCGCAUCUCUUUUUUCUCUCGAUCGCAGGCUUUUUGAAUCGAACUUUGUCGUCACGCAACCAUGCCAUCGAGGAUCGGGGACUGCUCGGAUUGAAGUCUUCCACGAGAAGGGCAAAUCCUAGUAUGGAAGAGGGCCAGCUGAUGACAGAACUUCCGGCGGUAACGCCUACUCGUGGGGCGACUCUGAUACACCGUUCCGGGCACUGUUACCAGCUCCAUCGUCCUCACCUGGUGGUCUCGUCGCCACUACACAAGAAGCAGAAGCCGACGGACGAAGCGACGGAUUCGCUGGACACGGCCGCGGCCGCGGUUGCGAAGGUCGUGGCCGCGGCGAAUACUCGCCAGGAAAGCGGGACGAUCACAGCCACCAAGAGGUCCGCACCGACCUCCACGCACCUGUGCCUAACUCACAUCGAGGGCCCGACUUCGAAACGUCCCCGAAUUCAGACGACAACUUUUUGUAACACUAGCACCAAUGUUUCCAAUUUGUAUCCAGAAAUCCUGGCUCAUAUCUUCAGCUACCUGGAUGUGCGAGAAAGGGGUCGAGCUGCACAGGUUUGCUCAGCCUGGAGGGACGCAGCUUACCACAAGUCUGUGUGGAGAGGGGUCGAAGCGAGGCUGCACCUGCGGAGGCAGGCACCAGCACUUUUCACGAGUCUGGUCCGAAGGGGCAUCAGGAGGGUGCAAGUGCUCUCGUUGAAAAAGGGACUCGGGGAAGUCUUCAAGGGGAUGCCCAACCUCGAAGCACUCAGUCUUUCUGGCUGUUUUAACUUCACGGACACGGGACUGACGAAUGCUCUGUCUCAAGAAUUCCUUGUUUUGGCCGAGUUGGAUUUGUCGCUCUGCAAGCAGGUGACGGACGCUUCCGUUGGGAAGAUUGCGCAAUAUUUGAAGAACCUGGAGAAACUGAAUUUGGGCGGUUGUGGGAAUAUCUCAAACACUGGAUUAAUGCUCAUCGCUUGGGGAUUGAAGAAACUGAAGAAACUCGAUUUGAGGAGUUGUUGGCACAUUUCGGAUAAUGGAAUAGCACACCUGGCGGGGUUAAAUAAGGACAGUUCGUACGGUAAUCUUCCCCUGCUGGAGCAUUUGGGACUCCAGGAUUGUCAGAAGCUGAGUGACGAAUCUUUGAGAUAUGUGUCUGUUGGCUUGACGACUCUGAAGUCAAUCAAUCUCUCCUUCUCCUGUUUUACGGACUCGGGGAUGAAGUAUUUGGCGAAGAUGCCGAGUUUGCAGGAACUGGAUUUGCGGUCUUGUGAUAACAUCUCGGAAAUCGGCAUGGCCUAUCUGGCUGAAGGCGGGAGCAGGAUCUCGUCGUUGGAUGUGUCGUUUUGCGACAAGAUCGGAGACCAGGCGCUGGUGCACAUAAGUCAGGGUUUGUUCAACUUGAAGUUCCUGUCGCUCUCGGCGUGCCAGGUCAGCGAUGAGGGGAUCUGCAAGAUAGCCAAGUCUCUUCAGGAUCUGGAGACCCUGAACAUUGGACAGUGUAGUAAACUAACGGACAAAGGACUGCAUACGAUUGCAGAUAGUAUGAAACAUUUAAAGUGCAUCGAUCUGUACGGGUGCACGAGGAUCACGACGAAUGGUUUGGAAAGAAUCAUGAAGCUACCCCAACUCAGCACGCUGAAUCUAGGACUGUGGCAUGUACGGUGAUAGUGGUUCCCCGGCGACUCAAAGAGAGAAUGAUUCCGUUGGAUCCGGUGUCGCAGAAAAUGAUCUCAUUGUCGUGCCGGAGGAAGCAGGAAGCGUUAUUUUUGAGGACGAGGAGCAGGGGUCAAGAAAGCCAUAGCAUAUAUUCAAAUUUUUUAAUAAAAGAAACCCUUUUAAAAAUAUUUUAUUUACUACUUAUCCGAAUUUCUGUUCGGCAUCAGCACUUUUCAAUAAAUUUGACAUUUUACCGUUCUGAUUUUCCAGCACCAGGAAAUCUGAUUGAAUUGAUGAAUUUUCAUACUUUUAAUUGACAUUCGUUUCUUUUUAAUCGACCCCAGAACGAAAUACGAAAUUAAUAUAGGUAGGCAUUAUAAAAAAAAUUCUUUUGAAAUUGUUUCUAUGAAUAUUA